AUGUCAGACUUAUUUGAAAACUAUGAAUCAGACUUUAAAGUGGCGUAUGCAGACGCCCAGGAGAAGGAGAACCAGAUAUACGGACUUACAGACCAGGAUAGAAGAGUCGAGUUGAUGAGAGAUGUGGAAAAGUCUAUUGAUGACUGUUAUGAGUUGAUUGAUUCUAUGAAUUUGGAGGUUCAGCAACUUUCAACUCAUGAAAGAGCUCAAUUUAAUGCCAGAACGAGGACAUACAAGCAGGAUACAGACAGGCUCAAGGCAGACCUAAAAUCGAUGAUGGAUGACAAAGAUCGUGACCAACUAUUCGAUGGACCAGGUGAGAACCAGACACAGAGGCAGACACUCUUGAAAACCAACGAGUCAAUCGAUAGAUCAACAAGAAGGUUGAACGAUGCUACAAGAACAGCUGCUGAGACAGAGAGGGUGGGAUCAUCCAUAAUGGACACUCUACGAGCUCAAAGAGAUCAGAUUACAAAUGCAAGAGAUACAUUAGGUGAGGCUGAUAACUAUGUAGACCGGUCACUAAGAACUUUGAAGACUAUGACUAGACGUCUUGCCACCAACAAGAUCAUAACCUACGGAAUAAUAGCAGUUCUCAUCAUGCUUAUUAUGUUGGUGAUAUACAGCAAGUUUUCAUGA